GAUGCGGGAGUUGUCACUCGUCAAUCUCAGACUUUCUUUGGCGUCCAUUGCUGCUUGACUACGUGCUAGUUUUUGUUAGAUACAGUUAUCUCUGAAUUUGAGUGAAUUUGUGCAGUCCACAGUUACUUAAAUCAUCAAUUAUGAGUACCCGUGUAUUUGUAGGUGGCCUCACUUACAAAGUUCGCGAACGUGAUCUGGAAAAGUUUUUCCGCAAAUAUGGCCGCAUCAAGGAGGUGUCGAUGAAAAAUGGAUACUCGUUUGUGGAGUUUGAAGACUACAGAGACGCUGAGGAUGCUGUUUACGAAAUGAACGGUAAGGACCUUAUGGGAGAAAGAGUUACGGUAGAACGUGCAAGGGGUACGCCCAGGGGCAGUGACAGAUGGCGUGACAGCAGGGAUUCAAGAGGUUUUGGAGCCCCCGCUAGAAGAGAGAGGAGCGACCGGGAUAGGGAACCGAGAGGCCGUGAUAAGUACGGGCCUCCCACCCGUACUAAGUACCAAGUAAUCAUAGAAAAUCUGUCCAGUCGAUGCUCGUGGCAAGACCUGAAAGAUUAUAUGAGAAAAGCUGGUGAAGUUACUUAUGCAGACGCUCACAAACACAAUCCUAAUGAAGGAGUUGUCGAGUUUGCAUCGUUGGAAGACAUGAAGAACGCAAUUGAAAAGCUUGAUGACACCGAAAUAAAUGGACGAAGAAUAAAGAUUGUCGAAUCUGGCAAGAACAGAAAGAGCGGAAGUCGAUCACGCUCUCGGUCGGCUUCACGUUCCCGAUCUAGAUCCAAGCAAGGUUCCAGAUCCAGAUCGAGGUCCAGAUCUCCUGAGAACGAGGUUGCAAAGAGAUCUGCUUCAAGAUCUCGAUCAAGGUCUCGUGAUUAAUCACACAACAGUAAUCACCAUAACAUAACGGAGUUUAAAACCAAGAGAAUUAAUUUCUAUGCGCUUUACAUUAAAAUUGCAAGAAAAAAACCAGAAAUAAUUUUCUUGCUUUUUGUUGAAAAACUAGUUUUAAGCUUGAGUUGGGGAAAGAGUUUCAUAUAUCUAUAUAUUGGGAGUUUCCAAUAAUCAAAUGUAAUCUAGACAUAAGAAGUUGAAUCCUCCCAUAACAUAGGCCAUUAUAAACGAAGUUAACUAAUUCUCUAUUUCGCCUGUAUUAUUUUAUUCAAGUAUAUUCAAUUAAAUAAUACAGCGAAUGGAAUAAGUUCUCACUUUUGUCUACCAGCAAGGUUGGUUUGUUUCAAAAACAUGUUUAGACGUUCAGCUUAAGGGAUUAACUAUGAUUGCAUCAAAUAUCUGCUUUGAUCGUUUUAAUUUUUUGUGACCUUAUUAUAGUUAGAACAAUAUGACCAUCAGAAAUUUAAACUAGUGUUUAACAAGUAAUCAAUUGGAGGCUUUCAAAUGCUGUAUAUUUAUAAUACAUUUGGCGUGUUUAAUAAAAUAUAUAAUUUCUUA